AACUUAAUUUAAAAUGUGUUUAAAUUACAUUUUUAAUUAUUAUUUUUAUAAAAGUAAUGAAGCUUAUUGUUUUUAACGUUUCUAAUAAUUAUUUAAUGCACUUUCUGUAGUAGGUAUUUAAAGAUAGUUUAUUGAUUUUUGUCCAUUUUUGCCUAGCAGAUUUCUGAAAAUUUUCUCGUGCAUAAAUAUGCCAUGCCUUUGAUGAAAAAUUAUUCAUUAUUUUGUUAUAUAUUUACAAUUUUAGAUUUCUCGAGGUUUGGAAUAGACGAUAUUCCUUUAGAGGUUUUACCAUUUCUGAAGCAAAGACCUGAAUUGACAAUUAUGAAACAAGGUGAAAAAACUAAAAAGAACCUUUAUCAGUGUGAAAUUUGUCCAUAUGAAACAAGUUCUCAACAACUUUUUCAAAAUCAUCGUGAAGAUCAUCAGUCAUCUAAAGCCCAGCCUUGUAAUCAGUGUGGCAUGGUGUUCAAAAAUCUUAGUAAACUCCGUGCUCAUAUGCACUGUCAUGAAAUGGAUAAGCAUUAUGUUUGUAUGUACUGUGAGAAAAAAUUUACACGUCAGUCAUCUCUGAAGGUUCAUAUGAAGACUCAUUUUCACUCAGAAAGUUGUCAUGUGUGUAAGAAAAGUUUUAAUAAUGCUUCUGCCUUGAAGAAGCAUAUGAUGACAAUGCAUAAACAACAACAAAUUGAGAAUUUUCAGAAGUAAAUUGUUCCUUGCAUAUCUCCAGUUUUGAUAUUAUAUAUAUUAACUGAUUGUAACUGUAUAAAACUGAAUUGCGUAAAUGUCAUUAUUAAGUUUCUUGAACAAAAAUGGUGAAUUUUUAUAAAAAUGCUUUGCAUAUUUGAUGUUUUUGUUCCAAGUACCAACUGAAAUAAAUGUACUAAAAUCUUUGUAUAAAAUGCAUAGGUAUUGAAGUUUGUUUGUAUUUCAGUUUUGUGCCAUUAUAAAGUAAUAGAACUAUCCAAUAAAAAUUUAUUAAGGAAAAUGUCAA